AUGGAUAUUCUUAUCCUACUUUGUUUAGUUUUUGUUGGAACUUCAGAGACACAGGUUGAUGUUUCCAAUGCUGUUCCUGGCACUAGGUACGAUGUAACUAUCUCUUCAAUUUCUGCUACAACAUACGGCUCACCUGUUAGUAGAACAGUGACAACGAAUGUAACGCAACCAGGGCCUCCAGUCUUCCUAGCAGGAGAAAGAGUCGGUUCUGCUGGGAUUCUUCUCUCUUGGAAUACACCCCCUAAUCCAAAUGGAAGGAUUACCUCUUAUGUUGUGAAGUAUAAGGAAGUUUGUCCAUGGAUGCAAACAGCAUAUACACAAGUUAGAGCAAAGCCAGACAGUCUGGAAGUUCUUCUUACUAAUCUUAAUCCUGGAACAACAUAUGAAAUCAAGGUGGCUGCUGAAAACAGUGCUGGCAUUGGAGUGUUUAGUGACCCAUUUCUCUUCCAAACUGCAGAAAGUGCUCCAGGAAAAGUGGUAAAUCUGACGGUUGAGGCCUUUAACUAUUCAGCAGUAAACCUGAUUUGGUACUUACCUCGUCAACCAAAUGGCAAAAUUACCAGUUUCAAGAUUAGUGUCAAACAUGCAAGAAGUGGGAUAGUGGUGAAAGAUGUCUCAAUCAGAGUAGAGGACAUUUUGACUGGGAAAUUGCCAGAAUGCAAUGAGAAUAAUGAAUCUUUUUUGUGGAGUACAACCAGCCCUUCUCCAACCCUUAGUAGAGGUACGCCUCCAACGCGUACUACAUACUCAUCGAACACAUUGGCACGGAGUAAGAUAAGCUCUGUGUGGAAAGAACCUAUCAGUUUUGUAGUGACACAUUUGAGACCUUAUACAACAUAUCUUUUUGAAGUUUCUGCUGUUACAACGGAAGCAGGUUAUAUUGAUAGUACAAUUGUCAGAACACCAGAAUCAGUACCUGAAGGACCACCACAAAACUGUGUAACAGGCAACAUUACAGGAAAGUCCUUUUCAAUUUCAUGUGAUCCACCAAUGACAGUAACAGGGAAAUUUAGUUAUAGAGUUGAAUUAUAUGGGCCAUCAGGUCGGAUUUGGGAUAACAGCACAAAAGACCUUAAGUUUGCAUUCACUAACCUAACACCGUUUACAAUGUAUGAUGUAUAUGUUGCUGCAGAAACCAGUGCAGGGAUUGGACCCAAAUCAAAUAUUUCAAUUUUCACUCCCCCAGAAGUUCCAGGUGCAGUAUUUGAUUUACAGCUUGCAGAAGUAGAAGCCACACAAAUAAGAAUUACUUGGAAGAAACCACGACAAUCAAAUGGAAUCAUUAACCAAUACCGAGUGAAAGUGCUAGUUUCAGAGACCGGAGUAAUUUUGGAAAAUACUUUGCUCACGGGAAAAGAUGAGUACAUAAACAACCCGCUCACUCCAGAAACUGUGAACAUAGUAGAGUCAAUGGCAGAAUUAUUUGAGGGUUCAGCAGAGAUAUCUUCUGACCUGUAUGCGAUUGCUUCAGUUAUGUACAACAGUCAUCCACAUAGUAACUUUCCUGCGAGGAAUAGAGCUGAAGACAAGCAUUUAACAGUUGGAACUACAUGGAAUCAGUAUAUCACUGACAUUGCUGCCGAACAGCUGUCUUACGUUAUCAGGAGACUCGUACCUUUCACUGAGCACAUGAUUAGUGUAUCUGCUUUCACCAUCAUGGGAGAAGGACCACCAACGGUUCUCCAUGUUAGGACACUUGAACAAGUGCCAAGCUCCAUUCAGAUUAUAAACUAUAAAAACAUUAGUUCCUCAUCCAUUUUGUUAUAUUGGGAUCCUCCAGAAUUUCCCAAUGGAAAAAUAACUCAUUAUACAAUUUAUGCAAUGGAACUGGAUACAAACAGAGCAUUCCAGAUGACUACUCUAGAUAACAGCUUUCUCAUAACAGGGUUAAAGAAAUACACCAAAUAUAAGAUGAGGGUGGCCGCCUCAACUCAUGUUGGAGAAAGUUCUUUGUCUGAAGAAAAUGACAUCUUUGUGAGAACUCUGGAAGAUGAACCAGAAUCAUCACCUCAAGUUGUGGAAGUUACUGAUGUUACUGCACAUGAAAUAAGUCUGAAGUGGUUACCACCUGAGAAACCCAAUGGGAUUAUUGUUGCUUAUGAAGUUCUCUAUAAAAAUAUGGAUUCCUUAUUUAUGAAGAACACCUCAACAACACACAUAAUUUUAAGGGACUUAAAACCUUAUACCCUCUAUAACAUUUCUGUGAGGUCAUACACCAGAUUGGGUCAUGGCAAUCAGUUAUCUUCCUUACUCUCUGUAAGGACUUCUGAGACUGUGCCUGACAGUGCACCAGAAAAUAUUACUUACAAAAAUAUUUCCUCUGGAGAGAUUGAAAUAUCAUUCCAUCCCCCACAUAGUCCUAAUGGAAUCAUACAAAAAUAUACAAUUUAUCUCAAGAGAAGUAAUGGAAAUGAGGAAAGAACUAUAGAUACAACCUCUUUGAUCCAAAACAUUAAAGGACUGAAGAAAUAUACCCAAUAUAUAAUUGAAGUGUCUGCUAGCACACUCAAAGGUGAAGGAGUUCGGAGUGCACCAAUUAGUGUACUGACAGAAGAAGAUGCUCCUGAUUCUCCCCCCCGUGACUUCUCUGUGAAACAGUUGUCUGGUGUCAGGGUGAAGUUGUCAUGGAAACCACCCGUGGAGCCAAAUGGAAUUAUCCUCUAUUACACAGUUUAUGUCUGGGAUAGGUCAUCAUUAAGAACUAUUAAUGUAACUGAAAUAUCAUUAGAGUUUUCAGAUUUGGACUAUAAUGUUGAAUAUAGUGCAUAUGUAACAGCUAGCACCAGAUUUGGUGAUGGAAAAAAAAGAAGCAAUAUUAUUAACUUUCGAACACCCGAAGGAGCACCGAGUGAUCCCCCAAAAGAUGUUCAUUAUGCAAAUAUCAGUUCUUCAUCAAUCAUUCUCUUUUGGACUCCACCUUCAAAACCUAAUGGGGUUAUACAAUAUUAUUCUGUUUAUUACAGAAAUACUUCAGGUACUUUUGUGCAGAAUUUUACACUCCAUGAAGUCACCAAUGACUUUGACAAUAUGACCGUAUCUGCAAUAAUAGAUAAACUGGCAAUAUUCAGCUACUAUACAUUUUGGGUAACAGCAAGUACUUCAGUUGGAAAUGGGAAUAAAAGCAGUGACAUAGUUCAAGUAUACACAGAUCAAGACAUACCUGAAGGGCCUGUUGGAAACCUGACUUACGAGUCCAUUUCGUCAACUGCAAUAAAUGUAAGCUGGGGCCCACCACCUCAACCCAACGGUCUAGUCUUCUAUUAUGUCUCUCUGAGCUUACAGCAGACUCCUCGCCACGUAAGACCACCUCUAGUUACAUAUGAGACAAGCAUGUAUUUUGAUAAUCUGGAAAAAUACACUGAUUAUAUAUUAAAAAUCACUCCAUCAACCGAAAAGGGAUUUUCUGAUACCUAUACUGCCCAGCUACACAUCAAAACUGAAGAAGAUGUCCCAGAAACUUCACCAAUAAUCAACACUUUUAAAAACCUUUCCUCUACCUCAGUUCUCUUAUCAUGGGAUCCCCCAGUAAAACCAAAUGGUGCAAUAAUAAGUUAUGAUUUAACUUUACAAGGACCAAAUGAAAGCUAUUCUUUCAUUACUUCUGAUAACUAUAUAAUAUUGGAAGAGCUCUCACCAUUUACACUAUAUAGUAUUUUUGCUGCUGCGAGAACUAUAAAGGGACUCGGUCCUUCCAGUGUCCUUUUCUUUUACACAGACGAGUCAGUGCCUUUAGCACCUCCUCAAAAUUUGACUUUAAUCAACUACACUUCAGAUUCUGUGUGGCUGCAAUGGAGCCCGAGUCCUGUUCCAGGCGGUAUUGUUAAAGUAUAUAGUUUUAAAAUUCAUGAACAUGAAACUGAUACUAUAUUUUAUAAGAAUAUUUCAGGUGUUCAAACUGAAGCCAAGCUUGUUGGACUGGAGCCAGUCAGCACCUACUCUAUCAGCAUCUCGGCCUUUACCAAAGUGGGAAAUGGCAAUCAAUUUAGUAAUGUACUAAAAUUCACAACCCAAGAAUCAGUUCCAGAUGUUGUACAGAACAUACAGUGUGUGGCAACUAGCUGGCAGUCCGCUUUAGUGAGGUGGGACCCACCCCAAAAGGCAAAUGGAGUGAUUACACAUUAUAUGAUAACAGUUGAAAGGAAUUCUACAAAAGUCUCACCCCAAGAUCACAUGUAUAUGUUCAUGAAACUUCUUGCCAAUACCUCAUAUGUCUUUAAAAUAAGAGCUUCAACCUCAGCUGGUGAAGGUGAUGAAAGUACUUGCAAUAUCAGCACGCUACCUGAAACAGUUCCCAGUGUUCCCACAAAUAUUGCUUUUUCUGAUGUUCAGUCAACUAGUGCAACAUUGACAUGGAUGAGACCUGACACUAUCUUUGGUUACUUCCAAAAUUACAAGAUUACCACUCAACUUCGGGCUCAAAAUUGCAGAGAAUGGGAUUCUGAAGAAUGUAUCGAAUAUCAAAAAAUUCAAUACCUCUAUGAAGCUGACCUAACGGAAGAGACAGUAUAUGGCUUAAAGAAAUUUAGAUGGUACAGAUUCCAAGUGGCUGCCAGCACCAAUGCUGGCUAUGGCAAUGCUUCAAGUUGGAUAUCUGCAAAAACCCUGCCCGGCCCUCCAGAUGGUCCUCCUGAAAAUGUGUAUGUAGUAGCAACAUCACCUUUUAGCAUCAACAUCAGCUGGAGUGAACCUGCUAUCAUUACUGGACCAACCUUCUAUCUGAUAGAUGUUGAAUCGGUAGAUAGUGAUGAAUUUAAUAUGUCCUUAAUCAAGUCAAAUGAAGAGAAUAAAACCAUAGAAAUUAAAGAUUUAAAAAUAUUCACAAGGUAUUCUGUGGUGAUCACUGCAUUCACUGGAAACGUUAGUGCGGCAUACGUAGAAGGAAAGUCAAGUGCUGAAGUGAUUGUUACUACUUUAGAAUCAGUCCCUAAGGAUCCACCUAACAACAUGACAUUUCAGAAGAUACCAAAUGAAGUGACAAAAUUUCAGUUAACAUUCCUUCCUCCUUCUCAACCCAAUGGAAAUAUCCAAGUAUAUCAAGCUUUGGUUUACCGAGAAGAUGAUCCCACUGCUGUCCGGAUUCACAACCUCAGUAUUAUCCAGAAAACGGACACAUCCGUCAUCGCAAUGUUAGAAGGACUGAAAGGUGGACAUACAUACAAUAUCAGUGUUUAUGCAAUCAAUAGUGCUGGUGCAGGACCAAAAGUUCAGAUGAGAAUAACUAUGGAUAUUAAAGCUCCAGCACGACCAAAAACCAAACCAACCCCUAUUUAUGAUGCCACAGGAAAAUUGCUGGUGACUUCAACAACAAUUACAAUCAGAAUGCCAAUAUGUUACUACAAUGAUGAUCAUGGACCCAUCAAAAAUGUACAAGUGCUUGUAGCAGAAGCUGGAGCUCAGCAUGAUGGAAAUGUAACAAAGUGGUAUGAUGCAUAUUUUAAUAAACCAAGACCAUAUUUUACAAAUGAAGGCUUUCCUAAUCCUCCAUGUACAGAAGGAAAGACAAAGUUCAGUAGCAAUGAAGAAAUCUACAUAAUAGGUGCUGAUCACGCAUGUAUGAUUCCUGGCAAUGAAGACAAAAUUUGCAAUGGACCUCUGAAGCCAAAAAAGCAAUACUUAUUUAAAUUUAGAGCCACAAAUGUCAUGGGACAAUUUACUGACUCUGAUUACUCUGACCCUGUCAAGACUUUAGGUGAAGGACUUUCAGAAAGAACUGUGGAGAUUAUCCUUUCAGUCACUUUGUGUAUCCUUUCAAUCAUUCUUCUUGGAACAGCUAUUUUUGCAUUUGCAAGGAUUCGUCAGAAGCAGAAAGAAGGCGGCACAUACUCUCCACGAGAUGCAGAAAUUAUUGACACUAAAUUCAAGCUGGACCAGCUAAUCACAGUGGCAGACCUGGAACUGAAGGACGAGAGAUUAACGCGGUUACUUAGUUAUAGAAAAUCCAUCAAGCCGAUAAGCAAGAAAUCCUUCCUACAACAUGUUGAAGAGCUUUGCACAAACAACAACCUAAAGUUUCAAGAAGAAUUUUCGGAAUUACCAAAAUUUCUUCAGGAUCUUUCUUCAACUGAUGCCGAUCUGCCUUGGAACCGAGCAAAAAACCGCUUUCCAAACAUAAAACCAUAUAAUAAUAACAGAGUGAAGCUGAUAGCUGAUGCUAGUAUUCCAGGAUCGGAUUACAUUAAUGCCAGCUAUGUUUCUGGUUACUUAUGUCCAAAUGAAUUUAUUGCUACUCAAGGUCCAUUACCAGGAACAGUUGGGGAUUUUUGGAGAAUGGUUUGGGAAACCAGAGCAAAAACACUGGUAAUGCUAACACAGUGUUUUGAAAAAGGGCGGAUCAGAUGCCAUCAGUAUUGGCCAGAGGACAACAAACCAGUUACGGUGUUUGGAGAUAUAGUGAUUACAAAGCUAAUGGAGGAUGUUCAAAUAGAUUGGACCAUCAGGGAUCUGAAAAUUGAAAGGCAUGGGGAUUGCAUGACUGUCCGACAGUGUAACUUUACUGCGUGGCCGGAGCAUGGGGUUCCUGAAAACAGUACCCCACUCAUCCACUUUGUGAAGCUGGUUCGAGCAAGCCGAGCACAUGACACCACACCUAUGAUUGUUCACUGCAGUGCUGGAGUUGGAAGAACGGGAGUUUUUAUUGCUCUGGACCACUUAACACAACACAUAAAUGAUCAUGAUUUUGUGGAUAUAUAUGGACUCGUAGCUGAACUGAGAAGUGAAAGAAUGUGCAUGGUACAGAACCUGGCGCAGUACAUCUUCUUACACCAGUGCAUUCUGGAUCUUCUAUCAAGUAAAGGCAAUAACCAGCCCAUCUGUUUUGUUAACUAUUCAGCACUUCAGAAGAUGGACUCUUUGGAUGCAAUGGAAGGUGAUGUUGAGCUUGAAUGGGAAGAAACCACCAUGUAAAUAUUCAGACCAAAGAUUACAACUGGAAGAUAUUUUCAAAUCCCAGGGGCCAAAAUUACCCCUCAU